AAGAGGCUUAUCUCGGAGGCAUUUUGUCAAAUGCCAAAUGUGUAAUUUAAUAAUAUAUCAUACAACUAGCAUUUUAGAGUGCCGGUUCCGGUGAUUUUUUAAACUGGUGAGGUUUGAGUUCUCGCUUACACUGAUCUGAGGGUCAUGGAUUGUCUUCAGCAGAGGGUGUUACAGCUGUUAAGGAGAUUUCGGAGGGAAUGGUGCCAUUUACCGGAGCGAGAGAGGACAACAGUCUGUGGUGCCGACAACAUGAUCUUGGUUUUGCAGCUUGCCAUGGCUGAAGUGAACAAGGAAUCUUAUGGAGAAUUUGCUGUAGACCUGAGUGAUCUGCUCCUGAUGUGGAAGUAUUUACUUCGGGAGAAACUGGAGUUGCUGCGUGAACCCAAAGAGGUGCCUGAAGGAUACACCAGAGUCCGAGAAACAUACCAGUCCUUUCUAAUGAGAAGUAAUUCGGUGGAUCUGAUUGAUGUGUACAAGAUUUGUGCUGAUCUCUGUACCGAAGCUGAUCUUGGGGAUAUGUUGACCAUGGUUGAAUUGUUGGACUUCCUAAAUGGUUCAUCAUCGGAGAACAUGACUCCCUUGGCACCCUCUUCUCCGGCCAAUGAACCAUACCGGUCCACUUCCAAGAUGGUAGCAUGUUGGAGGAAGAUCCUUUGUGAUUAUUUGACUUUAAUGGUAAACGCGAAGAGUGACCUGGCAAUGGCGUGUGUGUUCAACCUUCCCGAGCGGGGACUAGGGAGGGAUGCUUUCACCCACCUCCGGCACACAGCGCGCAGCAAGCAGAUGUCCUUGUACCUGGCUGUAACGUCCUUCGUGAGAUGCUUGGAGCUCGGCAGAAAAAGCUGUGCCCCUUCGAUUGAAGAUCCAUUGAUGCAGUAUGCCAAAGGGCUGGUGGACCUGGUGCACUUUGUGGACAAGUUGCAAGAAAUAGUGGGAGAGACCUCUGACCCCAGUGCUGCGGGGAGUCAGAUUCUGACCGCCAUCACGAGACGGCUGACGAAAGGACACUGCAGUGAGAGCCAGUUGUGUCGUGCUGGUGGGGAGGUCCAACAGGAACUAACGACCAGGAUUGCCAACGCGGUCAAUGCCCCAGCCACCGUCGCAGAGGCAAGUGCGGCAAACAGCAGCCCUGCGCAGCCCAAAGUGUACGCCAUCAACCACGCCACAGCCUAUGGAGGGAGACGGACAGUCAAGGCCUUCCUCGCCAUUCUGGAUGAAGAGGCGGCCAAACCUCCGAGCCAAGGCAAGGCGGAGCUGCUGGAUGGGUCUGCGGAGCAGGCCAGACUUCUCGGACUACCGUGCAUGCUGACUCUAUUCAGAUCCCCAAAGCAAUCGAGUGGCUCCUCUCCAAAGGCCUUAUGCCAUCGCAUUCAGAGACGGCUCCAGCAAGGAAAACCCACUCAGCUGGAGUCCAUUGCGAUCAGGUCACAGUUUGCUUGCACGUAUAAUGAAGAGGAUGCAACAAAGAAGCCGCCCAGUCUCUGCCAGAUCCCAGUCCGUGAACAUCUCGGACCAAAGCUCACGCCAAACAUCUCAUGUGGCAGCAAUUCAUCAACUGAUGGGAAGGCGGAAUCUGCGCCAAAAAAGCGGGCACACGGACCGAGCCUUGGGAACGCUGCGGGAACUGGGAAAGGCAACGGGGUGGAAGGGAAGCGGAGACGGAUGGAGGUGGAUUGUGGGGGUGAGAAUCGGGAACCGGAUGGUGCAGACGGGAGACCAGGCACCCUGGGGGGACGACCAUGCAAGAAGAAAGAACCCAGAGGCGUCAAGCGCAACAAAACUAAGAAGUUAAUCCCUGGACAAUUAAAACUGACCAGUUUCUUCCGAGUUUAAAAAGGUUUUUCUUGUUUUAAUAGCUUUUAAAUGUUAAGUCCACGAAUUCCACACAAUCAGUUUGUUUGAAUUUAUUUUCAAAGUACAAUAUUCUUACAAUUA